CCCUCGGUCUCUUCUCGUCGCGUCUCUACAAGGUCUAUCGUCUGGUUCGCAAUGUACAAAACUCUUCGGGCGCCGUCGAAGGCAUUCUGGCAGCUGCAACAGCCUACACCAUCUCCACUCUGAUCGUCAACUUCUGCCUCAAAGGUGGCGCACCCAAAUUCCUUCGCUGGUUGCUUAUCGUGCUCGACCUGCUCUUCGUUGGUGGUUUCAUCGCCGUCGCUGUCUUGACUAGACCCCAUGGAGGCCUGAGCAGUCUUUGUGCUACACCCAACGCUCGCCAGGAUCCCAACAACCGCAACAACGCCUUGUGCAAUCUGCCGAUUGCGACUUUCGGCCUGGCCAUUUUCAGCACAGAUGCAGUCNUUCUCCACGCUAUCACCGCCAUCUUCCAUGAAGUCCGCGAUCACCACAAGAACAAGAACUUCGUCUCGGCUGAGAAAGAGAUGAAGCGUUCCCACGAUGGUCUCCAUGAC